AUGGAUUCUGAGGAAAUGAAAUACCUGGUUGUCAACCGAAAAGAAAUUGUCCCGUCUGUACAAUCCGACUGGGCGUCCAAAAAACUCAUCUGGGUCCCCCACGAUGUGCUUAGUUUCUGUGCAGCAGGGAUAAUUGGUGAGGAGGGAGAUUAUUUAACAGUUCUCCUGGAGGAGAGCGGCAAGAAAGUGAAAGUAGCGCGAGAUGAAUGCCAGAAAAUGAACCCUCCGAAAUACAACAAAGUAGAAGAUAUGUCGGAAUUAGUGUGCCUGAAUGAUGCGUCGGUCUUAUUUAACAUCAAGGAUAGAUACUUUUCCGAUUUAAUCUAUUUGAUGUGA